AUGGCAUGCCUACGUUGUAUGAAUCUAGUAUUGUAUCUGUCGCCUGAUUCGAUACUUCUUAAAUCCGGUGUUGCUGACUCCGCUGUUCGUUCUAUCGGUUUGACUGAUGAUAAGCAGUCUCAAGAAGCUGGGAUUCAGACUCAUGCUGCUGCUGAUGCCACUAUAAUUGCUAACAGCGUUUCUUAUUUGCACCCGGCUUCGGAGUCUCAAUUCGGGGAUACAGAGGAAAUGGGUCUGAAUUUCAUGAUGUUGUGCGAGCCUGAGGAGCCUCAAUCCGAGUUGCAUAUGAUACUGUCUAGUGAGGCUUCCUCAAGGUUCGAAGAAUUCUGUGGACCCACUCUUCUGGCCUCGGAUACUGAGCCUGAAGUUUCCUCAUUUGAUAUUGUUGAUGAGGAUGUCGAGGGUUGCAAUAAGACUCGUUAUGUAGGACUUGUCAAAGAUAACCAUAUUGAUUUAGAAGGUCGUACAACAGUAGUUGAUCGUUUUACUUAUGAUAUACCGUGGCUCAGUAGUAAGCGCCCAGUGAUCCCUGAUUUAAACGCUAUUAAAAAGGCUCUUGAUGCCGAUCGUAAGUUCUGUGACCGUUUACGUGAGUCAGGACAUCUGGAUUCUUAUUCAUUGAGUGCUAAAGUUCGGGAUGCCUUACCACCUUGCGAUUUGAAUCAAGGCCGAUUUGAAGAUCUAUACAACAGCUUGAAGCUCCAACUCCGACAUCAGUACUACGAUCCGGGUGACAUCAUCAAGCUUAGGGCUGAGUUUAACAGCUUGAAACAGAAGUCAGGGGAGUUGGUCUCUGAUCAUUUGUAUACAGUGGAUCAAUAUGCUAGUCGACUGAGGUUACAAGGUGAUGUUGUGACUGAUGACCAGUUAUAUGACCUUCUAUGUAAUAGUCUAAUGGCUCCGUAUAAUGACUGGAUUCUGGCUUAUCGGUUACAGAAUGUGGCUUAUGAACAUGCUCGUAUGAUGGUCCUCAGUCGGAGUCGUUCUCUCAAUAAGCAGCAGACUCAGAGUAUGGAGAAGACAUUGCCUACGCUGCUGAGGUCACCAGUGACAGAAGUUCACAUUGCAAAGACUGUGGAUACCUAUCCGCAGGAAUCCUGCGGCAGGAUGAAGAGACGACUCAAAUGUUGGCCUUACCAUCUCAAUCUGUGA